UGUGAGUGAGUGAGUGAGUGAGUGAGUGUAAGAGAGAGAGAGAGAGAGAUAGAGAGGGGAUCUCAUCUGUCUGAAGUCAUUCACAGGAGAAGCGCUGUAUUUCUCCUGAUGCGAGCAGGAGAAAUUGAUCAGACUUUCAGAGUGUCUUUAUUUCAUUUCCCGGACUAACCCAGCAUGGUGAAGUGAUCAGGCGCCAAUUGUAGUCUGCGUUGAAGAAGUGUCACACUUGUCGCUCAGUGGGAAGUGAAAACCUCCGUUCGUUGUGGUAUUUUUAGGUCGAGCGUGUUAUCAUUGUCGGAAAUCUACUCUCUGCCCAGUCUACAGCAAGAACAAAAACUACAUAAUGUUCCAGUGAUGUGCGUUGUUGGCAUCAUCUCAGCCCCUCGAGAAGUUCAUGGGAAAAAGGCACUGAGGGGAAGGCGCUGAGGGGAGAGGACAGCAGAGGAGCAUUUGUACCAGGAGUGGAUGGAGGCGACUGUGUCCUGUGUGCGGCGUUAGGAGAGAUGACAGCUCCAUCUGAAGUUGAAUAAACCUUUUUUCACAGCUUUCUGAGCCUAGCAGGUGUUGAGGAGGUACUACAGCUGCUUCCCGGGAGUCUGGUGGAUGUUUCUGAAAGUGUUGGAGGUGCAGAGGCUGAGCUCAGCGGCUGCCAGGCUGCAGCUAUGGUCGUUGAGGCGAGGUUUCCUCCCUCUUCAUCAGUGAGCUCACCGUUUGUCUCACCAUGCCGGAAGACCCCAUCGCCUCCUCCUUCUACAUCGUCCUAGAGCUGCUGAUUGCUGUGUUCUCUGUGCUGGGCAAUGUGCUGGUCUGCUGGGCCGUGGGCCUCAACAGCAACCUGCAGAGCAUCACCAACUUCUUCGUGGUGUCGCUGGCGGUGGCUGACAUCGCCGUGGGUGUCCUGGCCAUUCCCUUUGCCAUCGUCAUCAGCACCGGCUUCUGCUCCAACUUCUAUGGCUGCCUGUUCAUUGCCUGCUUCGUGCUGGUUCUCACGCAGAGUUCCAUCUUCAGCCUGCUGGCCAUCGCUAUAGAUCGCUACAUUGCAAUCAAGAUACCGCUCAGAUACAACAGCUUGGUAACAGGCCAGCGGGCACAAGGUAUCAUCGCCAUUUGCUGGGUUUUAUCUAUCAUCAUCGGUCUGACUCCCAUGAUGGGCUGGCACAAGUCGUCUGAGAGCAGCAACAGCACUUGUGCGCCCGGCCUGAUGAAGUGCCUGUUUGAGGGGGUGGUGGUCAUGGAGUAUAUGGUCUACUUCAACUUCUUGGCUUGUGUACUGAUUCCCCUGGUGCUGAUGCUAGCCAUCUACCUGUGUAUCUUCAUGGCCGCUCGCCACCAGCUCAAGCUGAUGGAGGUCAAAGUGGUUCAUGGAGAGAAGUCGCGCUCAACGCUGCAGAAAGAGGUCCAGGCUGCCAAGUCUCUGGCCAUCAUUGUGGGGCUGUUUGCAGUCUGCUGGCUGCCUUUACACAUCAUCAACUGCUUCACCCUCUUCUGCCCUCUGUGUGAUCGUCCUCCGGCCUGGAUCAUGUAUGUGGCCAUUAUUCUUUCCCACGCCAACUCUGUGAUCAACCCCUUCAUCUACGCCUACCGCAUCCGGGAGUUCCGACAGACCUUCCGUAAGAUUAUCCGCCGCCACAUCCUGGGCCAGCAGGAGGUGUUCGGAAGAGGCAGCAGUCAGCACAACUCCACUCACAACAGCAUCACCGACUCCAUCAGACUCAAGGCAAACGGCCUCAGCGUUGACCUUUUCCCUGAACACAGCAGCAGCAGCAGCAGUAGCUGUGAAAGCUCAUGCCGCUGCCCUACUCGCGUCUCUCCAGUAGGGGGCAGUCUGGCGACAGUAUCCCGCCCCCCACUGUCAGUCAUCAUCUCCCACUGUUCUAAGAUGGGCCCUUGUCCACUGCAGACUAAAAUUCCCAUAGGCCAUCAUCUACAUUAUGCGGAGCAGCAGCAUGACUUCGCUGGACCAGAAGUCGUAGAGGAUAAGGGCAAACAGAAUCUGGGCUCCGCCAAGGACACAUUCCUGUUCAACAAGCAGGAUAGAAUGAGCCUUCGUGAGCUGGCAAAGGUGUCCUGACCCAUGCAGAUUCACUACUUUUCAGGAGUAACAUGUCAACGUUAGCUCAGCAGCAGCUCACAUCGGAUCGGGAUAAGUCCUGAUGUGCAAUGGAAAUGGGAGCACUGUAAACGGAUAAUGGACAACAAAUGUCACCAGGAUAACUUUAAUCUCCUUGCCCAUGAUCCAUAAUCUCCUGUCAGCACUAUUUAAACACAGUGACUUUUUUAAUUUAAAGCAGACUAAACGUCUGAAAGCACUGCUAAUGGCCCAAAUAGGUUUUGCUGCUUAUGAGGUUUAAAGCGACGGAGAGACUGACUAAGGUGCAGACACUUCACACAUCACAAAGGGCUCUGCAUUUAUUUCAACAAACAAUAUUUCUAAAUGCUUUUGCCUUCUCUUUGCGAACAGCUAGAGGUCAAAACAAAUGCACUGUUACCAGUGAAAUUGUCUGACCCACCAAAGCUUAGCCAAUAUGGAGAGAAGGGAUAGUAUGGACCUCUCUUAAAAAACUCUCUUACUCUCUUAAAAAAUUAAGAAUGAAAAAAACAUUAAUUAUAGCCUGUUUUUAGGAUGUCCAUCUUUGUUUAAUUGCAGGGUGAAAUAAUAUACCAGAGUGUGUGAGUGAUUUCCUCCUGCCAUUUCUGUUCUGAAUGGGUUAUUAUUAAAUUAUUGGUACACUUUUACAUUUUUCAGGGAUGUGGAUAUAAAUGCAUUUUCACCUUAUACCACCAUACAAGGACUAAUUUGUUAUGCAGUAUUGCACAAUAAUUUGCACCAUUUUUAGAUUCAGUCCGUCCUGAAGACCUGCAUGGUGCAGAGACAGUGUCAUAGACCUGCUUAGCAAAGUGCACACUUUUUUAGAGAAAGUUAAACAUUUUUCACAUUCGGCCUACUCCUUUCUCUUACAUUGUAAUUCAGUUUCAUGGCAUAGAUCUACGUACAUUCCGACAUAAAAUGAAUGGGUUCGAAUUGGACUAAAACAAUAAAAACAGUACUUGCACCAGUGACAGAUUGGUUAAUAUUUGUCCAUAGCAAUCUAAUGGUUCACAUGUUUAAAAGUGAAGGGUAAUGUAAUGCUGAAAUGUAACCUUGUGUUUUUGUUUGCUCAGUGUGACAAUGUGACUUGACUUAUAUUCAUGUAAAUGUCGACUUCUGAGUUUGAUGAAUGAUGGGAAAUAAUUGUAAGAGGAUUGUGAAUGAUUAUAUUUUAGACUUAAAUCAAACUCAAGGAAGAAGUUCUGUUUUUUAUUUGUCAUGAUAAUUGUGUCCUCAGUCCAGAACAGCUGUUGCUUCUGUGUUAUCACCAUAGACUGUAAAAAUAAUGGACAAAACUUCCCGGUCUGAAAAGUGAAGCCAAUGUGGAAGUGCCUUGAACCUGCAUUCUAUCUCAUUUCCAGCAAGGGGAGACUCCACUCCACAGAAGUCAGAUUACAUAGAAGUCUAUGAAAAAAUUACCCUACUUCUCAGUAAACAUUUCAUGAUGAGUUUUUGGUCUCAAUCGCUAGUUUCAUGUCUUCUUCAGUACAGCAUGAUUUUCAUUUUGUAAAUUAUAGUCCCAUUCAUUUAAUUAAAAUUUAAUUUAUUUAAAAAUUGACGAUAAAGCAGGGGAUGCUUUAAGGUGUGGCUACACACUCACCCGUCAAUCAUGACAGAGCCUUAGCAAUGUGUAUCCAUGGCACUGUGUACAAUAAAAUAGCCAUGAACUUGUU